AUGUUUAUUAAUUAUGAAGUGCGGGAGGCGGGGGUGGGGAGCAGAGGGCGGUUCUGCAGCCGCUCAGUCGCGGGCCACAGACCGAGGUCGGGUCCGUUCCCCGUCCCGGAGUGGCAUGCGUGCGUGCGGGGACCCAGGGCCCCUUUCCUGGCCUCCUCCCCGCCAUGCUUCCCUCCCACUCCCCUCGGCCUCCCUUCCAUCCCGCUGCCCCGGUCCUUGGCGCUGGGGCCUUUGAGCUCCAUUUUCCUCUUCCUGGCAGUGGCCGCCCCCUGUGACGCAGAGAUCCAGAAGAAUGUGCAGAGCUACUAUGGGCAGGUGCUGAAGACAUCUGCAGACCUCCAGACCAAUGCCUGUGUCACAGCAGCGAGGCCAGUCCCCAAGCACAUCCGUGAAGCCCUGCAGAAUGUGCACGAAGAAGUUACCUUGAGGUAUUAUGGCUGUGGUCUGGUCAUCCCUGAGUGUCUGGAAAACUGCUGGAUUUUGGAUCUGGGUAGUGGAAGUGGCAGAGAUUGCUAUGCACUUAGUCAGCUGGUUGGUGAGAAGGGACAUGUCACUGGAAUAGACAUGACCCAAGGCCAGGUGGAAGUGGCUAAAAAACAUCUUGACUACCAUAUGGAAAAAUUUGGCUUCCAGGAAUCCAAUGUGACUUUUAUUAAUGGCUUCAUUGAGAAAUUGGCAGAGGCUGGAAUCCAGGACAAGAGCUACGAUGUUGUUAUAUCAAAUUGUGUUAUUAACCUUGUGCCUGAUAAACAGCAAGUGCUCCAGGAAGUGUAUCGAGUGCUAAAGGAUGGAGGGGAGCUAUAUUUCAGUGACGUCUAUGCUAGCCUUGAAUUGCCAGAAGAAAUCAAGACACACAAAGUUUUGUGGGGUGAGUGCUUGGGUGGUGCUUUGUACUGGAAGGAUCUUGACAUCCUUGCCCAAAAAACUGGGUUCUGCCCUCCACGUUUGGUCACUGCCAAUAUCAUUACAAUUCGAAACAAGGAACUAGAAAGAGUUAUUGGUGACUGUCGCUUUGUUUCUGCCACAUUUCGCCUCUUCAAACUUCCUAAGACAGGACCAGCCAAAAGAUGCCAAGUUGUUUACAAUGGAGGAAUCACAGGGCAUGAAAAAGAACUAAUAUUUGAUGCAAAUUUCACAUUCAAGCAGGGUGAACUUGUUGAAGUGGAUGAAGAGACAGCAGCUGUCUUGAAGAAUUCACGUUUUGCUCAAGAUUUUCUUUUCAUACCAAUUGAAGAGACAUUGCCAACACCUGGAAACUGUUCUGCAUUAGAAUCAAAG